UAAUGGGAAGACUUCAGCUUUUAAAAUUCAUACGUGAUUCCACCAUCAUUAUCACAAGCAAACUGAACAGAAACACGAGAAUUUCGAGCAUGGAAAACCUCACAUUAGCAGAACUGAUGUGGGACAGCUCCCCGAAAGUGGGACUGCGGGGAUACGACGGAGGCAAGGACGUGAGUGUUAGGGGCAUAAAUUCCUUCGAGUUGUACGUGAGCUUCCUGUGGAUAUUCGCCUGCAUCUACGGCCUCUCCAAACUGACCCAACUCGUCGAGCGGAUCCUUGGGCAGCGGCUGCUUGGCCAAAAGCAAUGGUACGACGUCCGUUCAAUCAAAAGCGAAUGGGACCUUACCCUGCAACUGUACGAGAGGGACAAGCGCCAGCUGGACGCACAGGUGCGGGAGCUGCGCGAAAAGAACCUCAAUAUGGAGCGCACGAUGAUCGACCUGCGCGACUGCAACAUCCACUUAAUCAGCGAGAACUUUAUGCGGUCCGUGAUGCAGGAACAGAUUCCGCAACCACCACAAUCGAAUAUCUACAUCACCAACACCCACUUUCACCUCACACGCCAGAUGUUCGUGAACGAGAGUCUCAUCGAUGGUAAUAUGCACAACGCUGGCGGAAAGGAUACCGAGUCCAUGGGCGCCACAAGGGGGGAGGGUGAGGGGCAGCUGAAUGUCUGGCUGCAGUACAUGAAGAUGCGCAAGUGCUAUAUUGGCCCAAUCGCUGAUCCAAAUUUGAUAACUUCCAGCAGUCCAGAUCAGAUGCUACCCAUUGUUAUGUCCACCGAGCAAUUGGCCAAUUUGCAGGGUAUGAUCUAGUUGAUUUCGUUUUGCAUUUCAAAAUUAAAAUUCUCUUGUUAUAUAUAUG